AUGUCCAUUCAUGGCGGCUCUAGGGAGCCAGAGGCCAGGCUGGCACUGGAGGGCCAGAGGUUCCGCCACACAGGAGCACUGGGAUUUUCCAAGAAGAGUGGGCGGGCGGCAGUGGUGGUGGCGGUGCCAACCCUGAAGCACUGGCGCACUACGCUGGAGCAGGCAGAGAAAUUCGUGUCACCACUCUACCCACGACUAUAACCUCUGCUCUUCGGGGACAGCUGCCCAAUGGCCGCGCUCUCCAGUUUCCUGACACCUGAGAGGCUUCCCUACCAGGAGGCAAUCCAGCAGGACUUCUGCCCUGUGCAGGUCGGUGACAGCUUUGGACCCACAUGGUGGACCUGCUGGUUCCGGGUGGAGCUGACCAUCCUGGAGGCAUGGGUGGGUCAGGAAGUUCACCUUCUCUGGGAAAGCGAUGGAGAGGGCCUGGUGUGGCAUGAUGGGGAACCAGUUCAGGGUUUGACCAAAGAAGGGGAGAAGAGCAGUUACAUCCUGAUUGAGAGGCUGGGAGAAGGAGACCCUCGGAGCCUGACCCUCUAUGUGGAAGUCGCCUUGGGACCCAGGAAGGGCACCAUGAUUGCAGACCCAGAGAAGAUGUUCCAGGUGAGCCGGGCUGAGCUGGACUUGUUCCACCGGGAUAUCCACAAGCUCCUGGUAGAUCUGGAACUGCUGCUGGGCAUGGCCAAGGGCCUCAGGGAAGACAACCAGCGCAGCUUCCAGGCCCUGUACACAGCCAACCAGAUUGUGAAUGUUUGUGAUCCUGCCCAGCCCGAAACCUUCCCGAUGGCCCAGUAUCUGGCCUCCAGGUCCUUUGGCCAAUGUGGAGGUAAAAGCCAGCAUACCAUCCAUGCCAUGGGGCACUGCCACAUUGAUACAGCCUGGCUUUGGCCCUUCAAAGAGACUCUGCGGAAAUGUGCCCAGAGCUGGGUAACAGCCGUGCAGCUUAUGGAGCGGAACCCUGAGUUCAUCUUUGCCUGCUCCCAGGCGCAGCAGCUUGAGUAGGUAAAGAACCACUACCCUGGCCUGUAUGCCUGGCUCCAGGAGUUUGCCUGCCUUGGGCAGUUUGUGCCCUUGGGAGGCACCUGGGUGGAGAUGGAUGGGAACCUUCCCAGUGGAGAGGCGUUGGUGAGGCAGUUCCUGCAGGGCCAGAACUUCUUCCUGCAGGAAUUUGGGAAGAUGUGCUUGGAGUUCUGGCUGCCAAACACAUUUGGCUACUCAGCACAGCUUCCCCAGAUCAUGCGCAGAUGUGGCAUCAGAUACUUCCUGGGCCAAAAACUGAGCUGGAACUUGGUGAACUCCUUUCCACACCAUACCUUUUUCUGGGAAGGGCUGGAUGGCUCCCGUGUGCUGGCCCACUUCCCACCGUAUGGAAUAGAGGGCAGUGUGGAGGAGGUACUAAAGACAGUGGCCAAAAACCGGGACAAAGGACGGACCAACCAUAGUGCCGUCCUCUUUGGCUUUGGGGAUGGAGGUAGUGGCCCUCAGAUCAUGGUAGACUGCUUGAAGCGGCCGUACAAUCCAGAUGGCUGCCCAGGUCAAGCCUGGCCCACUAAUAGCCCUCACUGAGCUGCUAGCUUAGCCGUUGCUUUGAGCCCUUCUUUCUGCUCGUGGGUCGGAGAGCUCUUCUUGGAGCUGCAUAAUGGCACCUACACUACACACCCCGCCCAGAUCAAGAAAGGGAAUCGGAAGUGUGAGCGCAUCCUGCAUGACGUGGAGCUGCUCAGCAGUCUGGCCCUAGUCUGUAGUGCCCAAUUUCUACACCCAGCCCAGCUGCAGGACCUCUGGAGACUCCUGCUCCUGAACGAGUUCCAUGAUGUGGUGACUGGAAGCUGCAUUCAGCUGGUGGCAGAAGAAACCAUGUGCCACUACAGAGACAUUCAUUUCCAUGGCAACACACUGCUCAGUGCUGCGGCUGCAGCCCUGUGAGCUGGGGAGCCAGGUGCCCAGGACCUCCUCAUUGUAAAUACCCUGCCUUGGAAGCCCACUGGAGUGCUGGCCCUGCCCAGGCCUGGCAGGACCCACAGCCUAGGCCUCAUCCCUAGUCCUGGUGACAGUGCCCAGCAUGGGUUAUACUCCUGCUCCUGCCCCUACCUCACUGCAGCCCCUGUAGCCUGUUUGUUGUGCAAGAGGUGAGGGCCCCUGCCAACUGUUUCAAGGCUCCCUUCUGCCAAGACUGAUGGUUCUGUGACUCUGGACAACGGGAGGCUGGACCCGAUCGGCCGCCUGACAUCCCUGGUGCUGGUAGUCUCCGGCAGGGAGGCUGUUGCCAAAGGCACUGUGGGAAACCAGUUUGUGCUGUUUGAUGAUGUCCCCCUGUGCUGGGAUGCGUGGGACGUCAUGCAGUACCACCCGGGCACCUCCCGCGCAUCCCCCCGGAAGCCAGUGCUGAGCCAGGCAGGGACCCUAGCAGUGGGUGCGGAGGGCGUGCGGGGCAGCACCUGGUUCCUACUGCAGAUCAGCCCCCACAGUCAGCUCAGCCAGGAGGUUGUACUGGACGUCGGUUCCUAUGUCCACUUCCACAUCGAAAUAGUGCACUGGCAUGAAACCCACAAAUUUCUGAAGGUGGAGUUCCCUACCUGUGUGCAGAACCCCCAGGCCACCUAUGAGGUUUAGUUUGGGCAUCUGCAGCGUCCCACCCACUAUACCACCUCUUGGGACUGGGCUUGAUUUGAGGUGUGGGCCCACAGCUGGAUGGACCUGUUGGAGCACAGCUUUGGGCUGGCACUCAAUGACUGCAAGUACAGAGCAUCAGUUCGGGGCAGCAUCCUCAGCCUCUCGCUCUUGUGGGCACCUUAGGCCCCUGAUGCCACUGCUGACAUGGGGCGCCACGAGUUCACAUAUGCGCUGAUGCCGCACAAGGGCUCCUUCCAAGAUGCUGGCGUUACCCAAGCAGCCUACAGCCUCAAUUUCCUGUUGUUGACGCUGCCAGCCGCCAGGCAGGCUGGGGUGCCCACAGCCGCCUGGAGUGCCUUCACUGUGUCUUUCCAGGUGGUGCUGGAGACCGUCCAGCAGGCAAGGGCCCCCAAGGGCCACACUCUGGUGCUCAGGCUGUAUGAGGCCCAUGGCAGCCACGUGGACUGCUGGCUGCAAAUGUCGCUGCCAGUUCAGGAGGCCCUCCUGUGUGUUCUGAAGCUGCGACCUCUUGGAGCUGGCCACCUGCCCCUUAGGGACACUGGCCUGAAACUCACCUUUUCUUCCUUCCAAGUACAGUCUCUAUGGCUCAAGCUGCAACCUCCACUGAACUGAGUCUCUUGAGGGCGGGAUUUUUUGUGGAAGGCUCUGGGGACUGACUGCCUUUCCAGCCCUAAGCAACAAUAAAUCUUUGGCUCAGGAGCCCUGCUGGUAACUCCUGCUCUCUCCCCUUAAGGCAAGUCCUCAAGGCUGUGAGAAGAGAAGUCUUUCCUGGGCAUUUGGGGGCAGGGGCAAAAUCUAAGGUGAUCUGUGUGUGCAGCAGGGUCUGGGUUGCAGCCCCCACAAGUGGGGAUAUGGAUGACCACAAGAUAAGAGCAUGAGAUAAGAAGUCCCUCCCGUGUGUCAGCAGGCAGAGGGCCCAGGUCUGGGUGGCUUCCAGCUGGCCCCCACUAGGAGGGGAGUACUCACUAGUCUGGCCAGGCUGGGGAGCAACCCCAGGCCCUGAGGAAUCCUGGACUGGAGGAGCUAUGGAGCCUGGGCUUCCUGAGAGGGGUCUCUGCACCACCUCUGAGGGGCUGUCUCUGAAGAGGCAGACUAUCCUAUGAGAGCCAGGGCCUU